AUGGGAUUUUUGGGGACUUUACUGGGAAUCUUUGGUUUUGGAAUUGGAAUCCCAGUCGGUCUUUUACUGGGAUUUUUCCUAUUCAUAUACGUCGAGCCAGGUGAUGAUGUGAAGGAACCAAUUAUUAGACCACUUCAUGAAUUUGACACAAGCUCUUUGCUUGAUAUUUUGCCCGAGAUUCCCCUGUGGGUGAAGCAUCCUGAUUACGAUCGAAUUGAUUGGUGGAACAAGUCGAUUUCUUAUAUUUGGCCUUACCUUGAUAAGGCAAUAUGUGGUAUUAUAAGAAGCACUACCGAGCCUUUGUUUGCAGAGUACAUUGGCAAGUUUCAGAUAACUUCAGUAGAGUUCAAGAGCUUGAGUCUUGGAACUCUUCCCCCUUCAAUUCAUGGUAUCAAAGUGCAAGAAACUCAUGAGAAAGAACUGGUAUUCGAGCCUGUGGUUAGAUGGGCUGGAAAUCCCAACAUAACUCUAGUGUUGAAAUUAUUGUCACUUCAAAUUACUUUACAGUUGGUGGAUAUACAAAUAUUUGCAGCACCACGCAUAGUUCUGAAGCCUCUUGUGCCAACAUUCCCAUGCUUUGCCAGCAUAGCAGUGUCUUUGAUGGAGAAGCCAUAUAUAGACUUUGGACUAAAUUUACUGGGAGGGGAUAUUAUGGCAAUUCCUGGUCUGUAUCAAUAUGUUCAGGAGACCAUAAGAAAACAAAUUGCUAGCCUCUACCUCUGGCCCCAAACUUUUGAAAUACCGAUUCUUGAUGGUUCAAUAGUGGCCAUGAAGAAGCCUGUUGGCAUACUACACGUGAAGGUUGUACGGGCACUCAAACUCUUGAAGAUGGACCUUUUGGGAACCUCUGAUCCUUAUGUUAAACUCACCUUAAGUGGGGAGAGGCUUCCGGCAAAGAAAACAUCUAUUAAGAUGAAGAACCUGAACCCUGAGUGGAAUGAGGACUUCAAGCUUACAGUAAAGGACCCUGAAUCUCAAGUUCUUCAGUUGCAUGUCUAUGACUGGGAGAAGGUUGGGACACAUGACAAGUUGGGAAUGCAAGUAGUUCCAUUGAGGUUGCUUACCCCACAUGAGACAAAAGGAUUUACACUUAAUUUGGUCAAGAAUACAAACCCUAAUGAUUCUCAAAAUAAUAAAUCGAGGGGGAAACUUGUGGUGGAGUUGACAUUUAAGCCUUUUAAAGAGGACAAUGAACGAUUUAGUGGACCUUUAAAUGGGUAUGGAUCAAAGGCAAAUAUAGUUGGCAUGGCAUCAGAUGACAUGUCUUUGCACAGAGCUGGUUUGCUUCUCGUUUUGCUCCAAGGCGCUGAAGAUGUUGAGGGGAAGCAUCACAACAACCCUUAUGCUCUGCUCACUUUUGGAGGAGAACGGAAGAAAACCAAGCUAAUCAAGAAAACCCGGGAUCCAUGUUGGAAUGAAGAGUUCCAAUUUUUGCUUGAAGAGGCUCCUUUAGAGGAGAAGAUUCAUAUUGAGAUCAUGAGCAAGCACAAAGGCUUUGGUUUGCGACGAAAGGAAUCAUUGGGGCAUGUGGAUAUCAAUCUGAACGACGUAGUAUAUAAUGGACGCAUCAAUGAAAAGUACAAUCUGAUCAAUUCAAGAAAUGGAGUCAUACAUGUUGAAAUACGUUGGAAGGUGAUAUGAUCAGACGUGCCAACACUGUAUAUACUUCAGGAUCUUACAUUCUUUUGUUUAUAAAUAUAUAUAUAUACAUAACAUUAAUGGAGUAUAAAGAAAUUUUACUUGUGUGAUUUGU